AUGAGAGUGGCGAAAUCAAAAUUCAGAGCCAUCGGCACUGCCAAGCUCUUGAGCAAUACUGCCGCGGUCGUGGUCAUGAUCGGCAGCGAGUGCGUGGUGCUCGCAAACAUUCCUGCCCCCGCCCCCGUCGAGCCCAACGAGACAGUUGAAGCAGUGACCCGGAACUCGAUGAAUACAUUUCUGGAAGUGUGUCACCGCACGAUAAGCCCCGCCGCGCCUCGAAAGUAUGUGAUCGUCGAAGCCAUCUGCCCGAUUUUCCGGGCGUGGACGCUCCCUGAUAGAGUGAGCCUUAUCGGGAGAAUGCUGAAAGAGGCGCGACCGGGGGCUGUGCCGUCAGAAGUUGGGUAUAUGUCUCACCGCGUCACACCUGAUGUGACGAAAGGACAGGUAUUUGUGGAAGCCAGGGUUCAUCCGCCGAAGCUUUAUGUGAAUAAUGUGGAGAUGCUCCGGGUGCACGUUUUAAUCGCAGAUGCUGAAUAAUGGCAUCAAC